AGUGAAGCUGGAAGACUGCAGUCAAACACUGGAGCUGAAUGUCAACAUUAAAGAUGAAGAAGAGGAGGAGAAGAUUGGGACAUCUGUUUCUCAUGCUUGUUCCAGUUUCUGCCAAUAUCCAGGAAUUUCGCACAGCCAUUGAAGAGCAAUGGGUCAACAUUCCACAGGCCACAAUCAACAGCCUGAAUAACUCUAUGUAAAGGAGACGUGUCCCGGAGGAGGGGGCAGCAGCUACCCACUUCUCCAGUGCUUCAUUUGUAAAUUGGGAGGUGCUGGAACCAAAAGUGAUCCCAAGAGGGGGGGGUGACCUGAGGUACCAGAACACAUUAAAUAAAAUACCUUUUAUAAUAAAGCAUUGCAUGCAUUACCAUGGCUUUAGCAUACUGGCAAAGAGUAGUGGUGUGGAGCUGCUUGCAGAAGUUGCACACAUGGAGUACAUUUAUUGUAGCCUGGAGUCCUGGAAAAAUGUGGCCUUUUGUAAACAGAUUUAUUGCGGUUCUACAUCAUUUUAUAUGGCUGGAGACUUUUGCAGAUUUUUUAAAAAUGCCUCAUAAAUGACCAAAAUGACAGACUACUUUGACACUGACAAACUGAGAAUCUGAGGUCAAUAUAAACGACCGUGUCUCUAAUCCAUCAAUAGCCUAGGCCAGGUGUGAGGAGAAACACAUUGUACAAUAUGAGGGGAAGUUAUAGUCCUAAACAAGCUUUCCAGUUUCACUGACUCACCCAAUGAUGUGCAGCUCACUCACCGGACAAAAGCUUAUCUCUCUUGCUUUACUUUGUAAAAACAAUGCUGUUCUCUCAAUAGACCUAUUUGGAAGUUGAUAACUUGGUAACAGACAGAUUUGUAUGUUCUAUUCAGCAGGAUCUAUUUGCUUUACAACCUGUGUUUUCUAGCGAUGGUAUUAGAAAUAUUAUAGGAAAUAAAUGAAGUGCAAUGCUGGAGAGAUGAGUUGUCGGCUCAUGUCUAUAACAACACAGAGGGAGAGAGAUCAUCCAAAGUGAAUCUCAUUUUAGUUCUGUGAGAGAUACAGGCGUGCUUCUCUCUCACCACAGCAAUGGUCUAAAUAGGCUACAAUGUUGCAUAAACCUGGGACAGCCCAACAUGAAUCAAUUCUUAGAAUAUCAGGCACGUUUUCACAUUACGUUUUUUUAGGAGGCAUGACAAUUGCAGAGGAAUCCAAAUGUAAUCACUGAUGGCUUUUAUUUUGAUUUUUACAUUGCAAAUAGUGGACAUGUAUUUUUCAUGCCACAAGAGCUUGGUUACCUGAUCCUGACAAAGAACGAAAGACUACGAAACUGAGAGGUGCCGGAAGAUCCGGCUCAAAUUAAGUACCGCCCUUCUCAUAUAAUGGGAUAGGGACAUAAUAAUCCCUGAAAGCACCGAGGGUUGCACCAUGUUUUUUAUAACUAAACCGGUCGGUUCCAAUGGGAAGAAAUUAGUCAUUGUGGGCAGAGCCAAGCACACUCUAGCGAGAUCCUAUUGGCACGUCCGAGCACACAUCAGCAUAUUUAUGUUAGGGAACGCCUCCUCUGUAAAUACUUAUUAUGAAUCCCCAUUAGCUGAUGCUGUGUUUUUUAUUUAAAUAAAAUGGUACUGCGUACUUGUGGAAUAGAGUUCCAUGUAGUGAUGGCUCUAUGUAGUAGCAUCCCAUGCUAGGUAGCAUCCGUUAACGUAUUAUCACGUUUGGUAAAGGGUUGAUGUGUUAUUUUUGUGUCAAACCGAGUGAACGUGAUACACAUAGAUAGUCACAUAGCUAGACACUUCGGGUUUGUCUGAAUGGAUGUACAUCAUUUCCUCAAGGUCAUUUAAUAAAGAAUCCAUUUAUUUGGGAUUUCUGAGUUCGUUUGGCAUGUUUUUGGUUUUGUGUAAAAUUCACGAGCUGGUCAAAUGGCGGCGCCCACUCGGUCUGCGUCAACGAACUAAAGAAAGCAGGUGCAGAGAGACAUUUUCACCGUUGCACUACAGUUUUGAAGCUUAAUGCAGACUAUAAUGAAGUAUGAGAACAAUGAGGACAAGCUUAGCCUGCCACUCUCCUUCCACAGUGAGUCCAAACCUACAGUCACUGGGUCCUGAAUGUGACAGUGGAGCCCAGUUUGCACUGGAGGAUCCAGAGAUGGCAUCAGUGAAGCUGGAAGACUGCAGUCAAACACUGGAGCUGAAUGUCAACAUUAAAGAUGAAGAAGAGGAGAUUGGGAAAUCUGUUUCUCAUGGUCACAUUGAGACAUCCUCUACAUCCAGAGAGCAGAAGCAGGGAGAUCACAGAGCUAAGAGGUUUCACCACUGCCCACAUUGUGAGGAGAUUUUCCCAUAUCUAUCAAAGCUAAAAAUACACCUAAAAACACACACAGGAGAAAAUCUAUAUUCCUGUGCUGACUGUGGGAAAAGAUUCACAACAUCACAUUCUCUGACAGUUCAUCAGAGAGUGCACACAGGUGAGAAGCCUUACUCCUGCUCUACCUGUGGGGGGAGAUUCUCUCGACGGAGCCACUUAAAGAGACACCAACAUAUACACACAGGAGAGAAGCCUUACUCUUGCUCUGACUGUGGAAAAUGCUUCGCAACAUCAUCUGACCUAACAGUUCACCAGAGAACACACACAGGAGAGAAGCCUUUUUCCUGCUCUGACUGUGGGGGGAGAUUCUCUCAACUGAGCAGUUUAAAAAAACACCAACAUAUACACACAGGAGAGAAGCCUUACUUCUGCUCUGACUGUGGGAAGAGUUUCUCGCUAUUGGAUACCUUAAAAGCACAUGCACGUAUACAUACAGGAGAAAAGCCUUACUCUUGCUCUGACUGUGGGAAGAGGUUCUCUCAACGGAGCAACUUAAAAAUACACCAACGUUUGCAUACAGGAGAAAAGCCUUAUUCCUGCCCGGACUGUGAAAAGAGUUUCUCCCAAUUGGAUAAGUUAAAUAGUCACCAGCGAAUACAUACAGGGGAGAAGCCUUACUUCUGCUCUGACUGUGGGACUUGUUUCAGCCAAAUUGAUACGUUAAAAUGUCACCAGCGAAUACAUACAGGAGAGAAGCCUUACUCUUGCUCUGACUGUGGGCAGAGUUUCUCUCAACACAGCAGCUUAAAGAAACACCAACGUAUACACACAGGAGAGAAGCCUUACUCCUGCUCUGAAUGUGGGACUAGUUUCUCUCUACAGGACAGCUUGAAAUCACACCAACGUAUACACACAGGAGAGAAGCCUUACUUCUGCUCUGACUGUGGAAAGAAUUUCUCUCGACACAGCAGCUUAAAGAAACACCAGCGUAUACACACAGGAGAGAAGCCUUACAUCUGCUUUGAAUGUGGGAAGAGUUUUACAACAUCAAGUGCACUGACAGUUCAUCAGAGAGUGCACACAGGAGAGAAGCCAUACUCCUGCUCUGACUGCGGGGGAAGUUACUCUCGACUGGGAAACUUAGAAACACACCAUCGUACACAUACGGGAGAGAAGCCUUACUCUUGUUCUGACUGUGGUAAAUGCUUCACAACAUCAAGUGCUCUGACUGUUCAUCAGAAAACACACACAGGAGAGAAGCACACCAACGGAUACACACAAGCCAAGAGUUUUGCAGAUUAAAAUCUUACGUUUUCGGUGGAUUGACAAUGGACCCUUAUUAAAGUAUCAAUUUUUGGUAACAGUUCUCUCAAACCAGCUAUGAUUAAAGUCACUCCAUCACUUAAUUCUCAUUAAAGAAGUGGUAACAGUGAAUUGGAUCAAAUGAAGAAAGUGUAGAACACUAUUGUAAUCCUAUUGUUUCUCACUGUGAGAGAACUGUGCAGAGGAAAAGGAGCAUUACAGAAUGUUAGCCUCUCUUUACUGAUCAGUGUGCAUCUUGUCAGUUUUGGUGUUUUGUUAGCGUCUACUGCAAAGAUAUUUAGAUGACCUUGGAUUGGCCCUUAGUGUUGAAUAUCCUCUUAGGUUUCUCUUGUUGAAACAAUGGAGUCUGAUGGUUGACUGGAUAGUACUGCUUCCUUCUGUAGUUUUCUGUGGGAAUGAGCAAGUACACACAGCAUGUAUGAGAUAGAGAUGGUGUGAUGAUCAGUUUUCAGCAUAUAUAUAUAUAGAGAGGAGCACAGUUAGCUCUGGAUAACAUGACAACAGCCUAACCAGCUAGGGCGAGUAAAAUGGUCAGUUGGGUGUCCUCUCAUUUGUGUCUGGAUGUAGCUAGCAAGCAAGCCAAUUUUAGCCAGUUAGCUGUGGACGAUGCUGAAUGGGCAAAGAAGAGCUCUCCAGUAGGUACCAAAACAUUCAAAGGCCAUUUUCUCAGAAGUGAGGUUACAAGUAUCAAGUUAAUGGCCGAGCUGGUCGCCCGGCCAAACUGAGAUAUUGGGGGAGAAGGACCUUUGUCAGGGAGGUGACCAAGAACCCAAUGGUCACUCUGACAAAGCUCCAGAGUUCCUCUGUGGAGAUGGGAGAACCUUCCGGAAGGACAACCAUCUCUACAGCACUUUGCCAAUCAGCACAUGACUUCCCGCUUGGAGUUUGCCAAAAGGCACCUAAAGGACUCUGACCAUGACAAACAAGAUUCUCUGGUCUGAAUAAACCAAGAUUGAACUCUUUGGCCUGAAUGCCAAGCUUCACAUCUGGAGGAAACCUGGCACCAGCCCUACGGUGAAGCGUGGUGGAAGCAGCAUCGUGCUGUGAGGAUGUUUUUCAACCGCAGAGACUGGGAGACUAGUCAGGAUCGAGGGAAAGAUGAACAGAGAUCCUUGAUGAAACCUGCUUCAGAACGCUCAGGACCUCCGUCUGGGGCGAAGGAUCACCUUCCAACAGGACAACACAGGGAUGGCUUCAGAACAAGUCUCAAUGUCCUUGAGUGGCCCAGCCAGAGCCCGGACUUGAACCCGAUCGAACAUCUCUGGAGAGACCUGAAAUUAGCUGUGCUGCGACGCUCCCCAUCCAACCUGACAGAGAUUGAGAGGAGAUAAGAAUGGGAGAAACUCACCAAAUACAGGUGUGCCAAGCUUGAAGUGUCAUAACCAGGAAGACUCAAGGCUGUAAUCACUGCCGAAGGUGCUUCAACAGAGUAAAGGGUCUUAAUGUAUUUAAGUUUUUUUUUUUUUUUGCAAAUAUUUAUAAAGACCCGUUUUUGCUUUGUCAUUAUGGGGUAUUGUGUGUAGAUUAAGUAACGCAACAAAAUGUGGGAAAAAGUCUAGGUAUCUGAAUACUUUGUGUGUGUGUGUGUGUGUGUGUGUGUGUGUGUGUGUGUGUGUGUGUGUGUGUGUGUGUGUGUGAUGUGGUAGCCUACCUUGUUCAGUUAAUAAAGUCAACGCAGUAUUAAGAUUAUUAAUAAUGGUUUUUGCAUAAUAAGCUAAUAGCCUCUGUCUCUUGUGCAAUACUCACCUGUGAUCUGCUGGCCUUUCCUUAAACCCUCCUUAGCUCUUGGACUCUUAUUGGAAGAGAGAAGCAAGCUUUUUUUUGCUGAAUAUUAAUUACAGCAGCCAAUAGAACUCAUGGGUAGUUUGAAAGAGCCAACGCUCAAUGGUGGUAGAAUAUAUAGAAGUUAUUGAUUCACACCCAUAACCAUUCAAUCUUCGUGAAGAGAAAGCCGUCUGCAUCUUAUUGUAGUCGUAUAUUAUCUUAUUGUAGUCCUGUAUUAUCUUAUUGUAGUCGUAUGUUAUCUUAUUGUAGUCCUGUAUUAUCUUAUUGUAGUCCUAUGUUAUCUUAUUGUAGUCGUAUAUUAUCUUAUUGUAGUCCUAUAUCAUAUUGUAGUCCUAUAUUAUUCUAGUCCUAUAUUAUUGUAGUCCUAUAUAUUAUCAUAUUGUAGUCCUAUAUUAUUGUAGGUCUAUUAUUGUAGUCCUAUUUUAUUGUAGUCCUAUCAUAUUGUAGUCCUAUAUUAUCAUAUUGUAGACCUAUAUUAUUGUAGUCCUAUAUCAUAUUGUAGACCUAUAUUGUAGUCCUAUAUUAUCAUAUUGUAGACCUAUAUUGUAGUCCUAUAUUAUCAUAUUGUAGACCUAUAUUGUAGUCCUAUAUUAUCAUAUUGUAGACCUAUAUUGUAGUCCUAUAUUAUCAUAUUGUAGACCUAUAUUGUAGUCCUAUAUUAUCAUAUUGUAGACCUAUAUUGUAGUCCUAUAUUAUUCAAGCAUGUCAUUACAAUAAUAAAGAUGAGGACAACAGGACUUAUUUAACUGUUGAAAGUCAGGAAGGAAUGACGCAACCAUAGAAAUAGGAGUUAGACUAAUAACAUUAGGGGAAAUAUUAUGAAUCCAUAUGCAUCCGCCUACUAAUUAUACAAAUGUAAAAUAGGCUCUAUUGUAUUUCAAAAUGAUUAUCACAUUUGCUAGCUUAUAAUUGUAACUUUGUAGGCCGCAUGUCCUGCACCAGAUUUGCAUGUUCUCUCCACAGUUCAUGGAAUGAAAGAGGUGAGUAAUUCCAGUCCAGAUAAUACAAUAUAAUACAGUCCACACUCAAAGAUUAGCCUACUGGAGCUAGUUUCAUGUAUUUACCCAAAAGAGCAUCGCUGCAUCGAUGGGCUUUUAUGUUUUCUGUGUGCAAUGUGAGGUAGCCUAUAUAUUAUAGGCUAUGUAUUGGAUAAUGGCACAAUCAUUUGGGGCCCACUCCAACGACACUAACCACAGUCCUAUCUCACACACCUCACGCUGCUUUGCACUCAGCAAUACCAGGAAGAGGAACAGACUUGGGUCAUCUUAUCAAUUGAGACUGAUUAUCUUAGAGGGGGUGAGUGGUGACUCGGCCUAGUUGGAAGGUAUAAUAAUGUGCUUGUAUUUGCAUCUGAAGCGUCCAGCGGGUUGAAUAAAUCUGGUUUGUGCUUUUUA